AUUGCAUGCAGCAGCACGCGGUCCACCCCAGACCAAACACCGAGACAGAGAAUGAGAGGAACACUGUCUCCGUUCCAUCUCCGCGAGAUCUGACCGUCGCGCUCUCCCUCCCCGGCGCCCCGCACCAUCCCGUCCCGAUCCACCUCGCGAGCGCGGCCUCCGAGAUUCCCCGGCGAUGGUCGUGUGCAAAUGCCGCAAGGCGACGAGGGUUUAUUGCUUCGUUCACCAGGUUCCGGUCUGCGGUGAGUGCAUAUGCUUCCCGGAGCAUCAGCUAUGUGUGGUGAAAAAUUAUGCUGAAUGGGUUGUUAACUCUGAUUAUGACUGGCCACAACACUGCUCAUCUUGCAAUUCGGUUCUGGAAGCUGGAAGCGAAGAAACUAUACGAAUGGGUUGCUUGCAUGUGAUGCACACGAAAUGCUUGAUAUCACAUAUCCAAAGCUUUCCAGCCCAAACAGCGCCAGCUGGAUAUGUCUGUCCCUCAUGUUCUACGCCUAUAUGGCCACCUUCAAGCAUUAAAGAUACAGGUUCUCGCCUUCAUGCUAAAUUGAAGGAAGCAAUAGUUCAGACUGGAUUGGAGAAGAAUGUAUUUGGAAAUCAUUUUGUGACAAUACCUAAAGCUGAUACUCGCACUCCUUCCGCUUUUGCGUCAGAUCCUCUAAAGCAAUUAUCCAGUUCUGGUGAUAGAGCAUCUAAUGGUGCAGACACAGUUAAUUCAGCAAAAGGUGCAGCUUUACCGUCAACAUUGUAUUCUGGAAUAUACCCUUCUGCUAAUGUAGGAUCUGGGACACCUAUCCAUGUUGAACCAGAAAUUGUUGAAGUUGAUGGUCCUAGUCCGGUAAUAACCCAAUUCCCAGAACAGGAGUCCAACUUCAUCAGAAGUCCGAGCCCUCAUGGGCCCGGUGCCAUGACAAGAAAAGGUGCUACCAGUGUUGAUAGACAAAAUUCAGAGAUUUCUUAUUAUGCUGAUGAUGAAGAUGGAAACAUCAAAAAGUAUACUAAAAGGGGUACAUUUCGUCACAGAUUUCUAAGGAUGCUGCUGCCUUUCUGGUCGAGUGCAUUGCCAACAUUACCAGUCACAGCACCUUCAAAAAGAGAGAGUGAUGCUCCAGAGGGCCGCCCGCGACAUCAGAGAUCAUCAAGAAUGGAUCCCACAAAGAUUUUACUUGCAAUGGCUAUCAUGGCAUGUAUAGCAACGAUGGGAAUUCUCUAUUACCGGUUGUCACAGCGCAGUCUUUCUGAAAACUUUGAGGACGAGCCUCAGUAGAACUAAUGAGAUUUUGGACCUGCAGUCUUUGUGCUGCUUUGCUGCUGAUUCGAAGGGUUUUACCCUCCCUGUAUUGUUUUUCCUUUUCCUUUUUUUUGGCCCUUUUUGGUGGUGGUUGAGGGUGGGGGUAGUUGUUAGUUACAUAAGAGUCUAUAGUAGACUUUCUAUAUGCUGCGUCGUGCUCAUGUCUAUGUAACUAUAAUGAUAUGCAAUAUUCUGUAUUAUCAACAUUUGAUGAAAAACCAUAAAGAAUAUCAUCAACCCUUCGUUA